UAUUUGUGAAAAAGAGAAUACAAAAAGUAUGGGCCAGGAUUGAAGGAGUUGAAAUAAAAUGGCCCAUAAAAAUUAGGGUUAGAUGAAUGAAAUUGGGGAGAAGAGGGAGUGAAGAAGGAAUGGCGAUUGAGAAGGCAAAACGAAAAUCAAAUAGUAACAGUGAGGGCGUGAGAAGAGAGAAGAAGAAGAAGAAGACGAAGAAGCACGAGGAAGAGGAGGCAAUUGAUGCAUCGGAAUCAGCGCAGUUGAAUUUCUUGCAGUCGGCGAUGGGUAUUCAGCUUUCUUCGCUCGAGUUGGAAUCCCUCAAAGAUAGGUGCAUCCUGGAGGCUGAUUCAGACGUUGAAAUGUUGGGGAAAAACAUUAAGGCAGCGUUUGGCGCCUCAUGGAAAGAGGUCUUGUGCGAAGGGCAGGGCAAAGUUGAUGCCGGAAGCCCCGCGGUUCUGAUUCUAACUUCCUCUGCCCUCAGAUGCAUUCAUCUUUUAAGGGGCUUUCGCUCUAUGACUAAACAAUGCCAUGCUGCAAAGCUAUUCUCAAAGCAUAUGAAGCUUCAGGAACAGAUUGCUUUGUUAAAAAACCGUGUUAAUAUUGCUAGCGGCACACCAAGCAGGAUAAAGAAGCUAAUGGAUGCUGAGGCAUUAGGCCUGUCAAGGUUGCAAGUACUUGUACUUGAUUUACAUCCUGAUGUGAAGGGUUAUUCGUUGUUUACCCUUCCACAAGUCAGAGAUGAAUUCUGGGAGCUGUUCAAGAAUUACUUUUAUCAACCGAUGAUCCAGGGUGAUCUGCGUAUUUGUCUCUAUGGUUACCAGGAGGCUGCUCGUUUAAAGGGAAAACAUAAAAAAGGAGAUACAAUACCUGAUACGUAAUAUACGAAGUUAAUCGUCCAUGUUUUGAUUUUGACUUGUUGUAUUCUUAGAAGUUAAUUAUUUUAUUACGCCUUCAUUUUAUCUACAAAUGACAUGUUUCUCAUCAACGGAAUGGCCUUGCCUUUGACGAAGAAAGGGUGACAUUAUACGUGGUGGAAAAAUACAUUAAAAAAAAAAACACUUUUUUAUGAUAAAUUACUAA